AUGCAGCUCUUCAACAGCAGCAGCAUCAGUCCUCCCAACUCCACAACCUGGAGCCAGGCCAACCUGGUGAGUUCGGUUCUAAUGGGCUUCUUCUGCGCUGUUGGAGUUCCUGGUAACAUCGCCGUGAUGGUGAUCAUCAUCCGGUGGUUCAAGAAGGACAACUUCACCGUGCACCUGAUGCUGAACCUGGCGGCGUCUGAUAUCCUGUGUCUGAUGACCCUGCCGGUGUGGAUGUACAACCAGCUCUUCACCUGGAGCAUCGGGAGGUCCCUCUGCAAGUUCUUCAUCUCACUGGUGUACAGCAGUGCGUCCGCCAGCCUGAUGACCGUCACCAUGAUCAGUGUUCACCGAUACGUUCAGGUUUGCUGUCCUGAGAAAUGGUCCAAACUGGGCAAAAGUGGUGAAAAACUACUGUUGUUCACUAUUUGGGUUCUGGGAUUUGGUUUCUCAGUCCCGGCGAUGUUCACCAGAGAGAUCAUCUUCAACGGAUCAAAGAAGGAAUGUGGAAUAAUCACGUCACCAGAUGAAUACAGGCUCAUCGUCGCUGUUUUAGAAACUCUGCUGGCCUUCGUUUUUCCGUUAUCCAUCAUGAUCACCUCCUAUUAUCGUCUCCACAGGAGAGCGACCCAGGGGGCGCUGUUCCGCAGCCGGACCAGACUGACCAGAACGGUGACCGGUAUAGUAGUGAUGACCUUCAUCUUCUCAUCACCCUGUCACGUGAUCAAUUUGGUGGAGAUCUUUGGGAUCGUAAUGAAACACUCUUAUCCAGGAUUGUUGGACGAGCUUCUAAAAUUUAAGAAUACAGUGGGAGACGUUGCUGUGAGUUUUACCUUCAUCAGCAGCUGCAUCAAUCCACUACUCUACGCUUUCGCUUCACGGAGCCUCCAACAAAAUUCAGAAUCAAACUAGACUAUACGUUUUUUUUUCUGUAAUUAACUGCAUCUACUAGAACUAGAAAUCUAAUCAAUAUAAUUUUAAUAGUCUAGUUGUGUCUCUAACAGAGGUGGAAAAAGUACUGAUAAAUUGUAAUUAAGUAAAAGUACCUUUACUUUGCUAAAAUUCUACUCAAGUAAAAGUAAAAGUACCCAUCUAAAAAUCCACUUGAGUAAAAGUAAAAAGUACUCAAUUUAAAAUGUACUUUGAGUAAAAGUUACAGAGUUACUUUUAAUUAUUUG